AUGUCCUCUAAGGGGUCGAAGCCAAGACCUGACAUCGAGGAAUCAAUGACCAAGUGGCCAACCUCGCUGUUGCAGACUGCAGCUAGAUUUUCCUAUUUUACAGGAGCUCGGCCUCAUCCGAGGGCAAACUUACCUGUCCUUCACCGGACUUCUUAUUUGGCAGCGUCAGACCGCAUAAACUACCGCACUCUGGGUUAUGAUAUCCAAAACUCUCAGAUUAAUGGGAUGAUUCCUGGCUGCUCUGUCCUGCUGGGUACAAAGUGGCUAUAAAUAUGUUGAUACCAGCUGACCGAGCCCUGACCCGGCGCGUGUACUUAUGCGGCGCACCAUGGUUUUGUCCUUUAUCGCCAUCUGUGAGGAACCUGAGGCUUGUCUUUUGUAUCGAAUCCACAAGUCGAUCGACGUUACGCAGUUCACAAUAGCGUUACGCAUGGAACAAGACCAGGCCAAUGCACCAGGCAUAUAUUUACUCAGAACCUGGUGAUAUCUUUAACAAGAGUUGGGAGCAAAAGUGACGAAUAUAUUCGGGACUAAAGGUUGCCGUCUUUAGGAAAAAUUGAUCGCUGAGCUGCAGAAAUUAAGAAUACCCUGGGAUACCUUCAGAUCGGCAUUUUUUCUUUCGACGGCCCUUUGCAGACACUAACACAUCAUCCACAUUAGCUGAGAUGUUUCUUGAGCAUUAACCGCAUCACUCACCACUCCAUUUUUUUGUCAUCGUUCCGUUCAGCCAAGCGAGCCUUGAUCUGAGUACAUCGGGAGUUAGUCAAUAGUCUCCAAGAAAAAUACUUCCAACCUG